CGGUUCAUCCGGGGUUAAUAAAACCAAAGGUGUUUCAUAUUUAUAACAAAAGUCGAAAACUUAAAGGGAAACUAAUUCAUGGUAUAUUUAUGCUGCUCGCUAAAUCACCCGAUUAUGGCGCGUUACAAAUAUUAAUCCCAACUUUCUCGAAAGGUAAACAAAUUCAUUUGGGUUACAAUUAUUAUGAAAAUUGUAAAGAAGUUAAACCAAACGACAAAGCAUUAAACGAAGCUUUAGCCAAAAAACUUUGGGAUCAUUCCGAUAAAUUACUUAAAUCCAAAAUAUCUUAUACUCCUUGCACUAUGAAAUAUUUAAGAAAGCAAGCAUUUUAA